AUUUCAUAUCACACACAGGGCGUCCCAAAACAAGUCAACAAGGAAGGGGAGCGUUAUAAAUAGGCCUCGUCAUUGUCCCUCAGAGCAGCAGUAAGACACCCUCAACAUCCUGACCAAACUAGGACACUGAAGCAAAGGUUUGCCGCAGAGCUGUGGGGAAAAAAGGUGAUUGACAAUCCAUCACUGAAAACAAACUAUGGAUGUCCACAAGCCUGAAGACAAUAUUUUACCAGCCGUCUCAGAGACCCCACCCAAAUAUCAACCGACAAACCCUACGACCGUAGUCCUACGGAGGCCAGUUACAAUAACGUAUCGACACUUUGUGCCAUGGUGCCUUUACUGAUCUUCACCUGUCUCAACUCAGUCCUGCAUCACAGGUGGCUCAGCACUAAAUGAUGUUGCUUUUGGAUACUUCCUCACAGCCUGUGUAGUGAUCACAUUGGCCAUAAUGUCCUAUGCGAUCCUCCCUAAACUGGAGUUCUAUCGAUAUUACAGCAAGAGACAACGUGGAAACAGGCUUAGUGACGAGGUGAACAGGCUGGACGAAAAUGCUGCAGCGACUACACCAGUUCUCAAACAAGGAGAAGAGGAACAAACCGUGUCCAUGCUGACCAUCUUCAAGAAGAGAUGUACUUCAUCCCCGUCUGCUGUUUCCUGCUCUUUAACCGUGAGCGACUGGGCCGGGAGAAGCCUCACUGCUGUGUGCAUGUGGCCUGGGAAGGACAGCAAACUGGUGCCCAUUUUUAUGGUAGCCCGUGUGAUCUUUGUGCCUCUCUUCAUGCUGUGCAACGUUCAGCCCCGCUACAACCUGCCUGUCGUCUUUCAACACGAUGCCUGGUUCAUCGUCUUCAUGAUCCUCUUCGCCUUCUCCAGCGGAUACCUGGCCAGCCUCUGCAUGUGCUUCGGCCCCAAAUUAGUUGCUCCUCAUGAGGCAGAGACUGCUGGUGCCAUCAUGGCAUUCUUCCUGUCCCUGGGUUUGGCUCUGGGAGCAUCCUUCUCAUUCUUCUUCAGAGCCAUAGUCUAAAAUAGCCCGAUGUGGGGAGCAUGCAUAACCCAAACAUAACUAACAUUUUUUUAAAUGCUACAAUGACUGUUGUUGCAAACUGCCACGUCUCUAUUCAUUUUGAAACGUUAGGUCAUACCCUCGCGUUCCUUACACUGACACUUAGUCUUUUCUUACUGGCAUCAGACUUUGAUGACAGCUGCUGUGACUGUGGUAUGGUUGUCUCACCUAGCUACCUGUAGAUGAAUGCACUAACUGACUGGG